AAACAAAGGAAGUGGUCCUCCUCGACUGCAGAGGAAGCAGGAAGCUGUGGCUGCUGGGACCGCGGCUGGAGCCCGGGGACAGUAGGAUGGAGUCUGUGGCCCUGUACAGCUUCCAGGCCACAGAGAGUGACGAGCUGGCCUUCAACAAGGGGGACACCCUCAAGAUCCUGAACAUGGAAGAUGACCAGAACUGGUACAAAGCUGAGCUCCGAGGGGCAGAGGGCUUUGUUCCCAAGAACUACAUCCGUGUAAAACCCCACCCGUGGUAUUCAGGCAGGAUUUCUCGGCAGCUGGCAGAAGAGAUUCUGAUGAAGAGGAACCACCUGGGAGCAUUCCUGAUCAGGGAGAGUGAGAGUUCCCCUGGCGAGUUCUCCAUCUCUGUGAACUAUGGUGAUCAGGUGCAGCACUUCAAGGUGCUCAGAGAGGCCUCAGGGAAGUACUUCCUGUGGGAAGAGAAGUUCAACUCCCUCAACGAACUGGUGGACUUCUACCGUACCACCACCAUUGCCAAGAGGCGGCAAAUCUUCCUGUGUGAUGAGCAGCCACUGCUCAAGCCGCCCCGGGCCUGCUUUGCCCAGGCCCAGUUUGACUUCUCGGCACAAGACCCGUCUCAGCUCAGCCUCCGCCGUGGAGACAUUGUGGAAAUCGUGGAGCGCGGGGACCCGCACUGGUGGCGGGGCCGGGCUGGCGGACGCCUGGGCUUCUUCCCAAGGAGCUAUGUGCAACCAGUGCACCUGUAACCGCGGUGUAGAGGGAGGGAGGCCCGGGCUCACACCCCCAGGGGGACAGCGGAGAGCCACAACGCGCCAGCGAUGGUGUCAGCUUCUUCACACUAACCAGGGUGCCCAGCUAUCAGUGUGGGUGACUACGAAGCCUCGCCUCGGCAAGCUCAGGGUUUCCAGCAUGGCCACUUCCCCAUUGGUCGCCUGGUGCAUGACAUCAUGGGGCUGGCCUCAGGAGGCCCCACCCACCAAUGUCAAGGUCCAACCUCUCUAGGAUUGAGGGACCCAGCUCAGAGAGUGAUCUCUUUGGGCCAGCCACCUGCUACCCCCUCUCCCUUCAAUUGUGCAGGCCACUGGAAAGGUGGUUCAGUCCUGAGUGACCUGGAUUUCCACACAGAAGUAUGGUAGCUUCCCUGACUGCAACAACUUGGGUCUUCACCUGGGGCAUCUGGCCCUGCCCUACCAGCACUGGGGUGAGGCCAGAGGCAAGCCCCAAUGGAAAGGGGCCUGAUAGGGACAGAAGCCAUGCCAUGGGUCCACUUCUCCUGACCACAUGCAGGGUCCAUCCUCGAGGGAGGCCUGGGCUGUGCUGGUUCUGGGAGGACCACAGGAGAGGAGCAGGCAGCCUACAGUGUGUAUGAAUGUAGUCUAUAGGGAGUGCAUGGCCAUAAGCAGCCUCUGCCCAGAGCCCUAACAUCUUCAGGCAGGGAAAACAAAGUUAGACUUGGCAAGGCCUGGCAUGGCAGGCUUUGGAGGAGGCUGAAGUGAGAAGGCCUCUCUCUGGUAUCUGCAGUCCCCAGAGGGGCCCAUGUUGUAAAGCAUAUGGGGUUCUCCCUGAGUUUAGGGCUGGCCCAAGAUCCUACAGGCCCUCAGCCUGCACACCUUCUGCUGCCAACCUGCACCUGCAUAUUGAAAAAUAAAAGCUGUGAA